UACAAUGUAACACUCAGCACUGCUGCUGCUUCUGCGGCUACAAUGUAACAGCACCGCGAACGGAGACACAGCUAAAAAAAGUCACCGAUCAGAUGAGUCGACCUCCGGAGAGGGAAAUGCGUUUUUUUAUUUUCCCGCAAGAUCCCUUCUGCCGCCAUAGUGGCCCGCUGACCGGAUUGUAGUGUGUCGUCGCCGUGUGUCUGUCCAGGAUCGAGUUUAUGUGGAUUAUUGGACGCGGAGGCCCGUGGAGUUGAGUGUGUGUGUGAGAGUGUUGGGCUGGAGCGGGUCAGUAUGAGGCUUCUGCUGCUGCUCUGAGCGGCUCUUCGCUCCUCUGCCUCGGCUCUCUUUACAAAUAACAAUUACGGAGAAAACUGGACACCCCUGGAGCUGUUUAUGACGACCCUGUGUGGACCGUAAUGACCGCACGCUUCCGGUUGCCUGCUGGCAGAUCCUACAAUGUCCGGACGACGGAGCUGGCACGCGACAGACAGCGCACCGAGGUGGUCUGCAACAUUCUUCUUUUGGACAAUACUGUCCAGCCUUUUAAAGUCAAUAAGCACGAUCAAGGACAGAUCCUACUGGACGCUGUCUUCAAGCACCUGGAACUAACCGAGAGAGACUAUUUUGGGUUGCACCUGGCCGACGAGCCCUCUGAUAGUCCGAGGUGGCUGGAUCCAAAUAAACCCAUAAGGAAGCAAUUAAAAAGGGGCUCCCCACAUCAUCUGAACUUCCGGGUGAAAUUUUUUGUGAGUGACCCCAACAAACUUCAGGAAGAAUACACACGGUACCAGUAUUUUCUACAGAUUAAGCAAGACAUACUCAGUGGAAGACUGCCCUGUCCGCACAAUACUGCCGCACUCCUGGCAUCAUAUGCCAUACAGUCCGAACUGGGCGAUUACAGCGAGGCUGAGAAUUUGCCAGGAUACCUGUCUGAGUUCUUCUUCAUCCCCAACCAGCCUCAGGGCUUUGAGAAAGAUGUCGCCAAACAUCACCAGCAACACAAUGGUCUUAACCCAGCACAGUCUGAAUUCAAUUACCUGAACACGGCACGAACAUUGGAUCUAUAUGGAGUUGAACUACACUAUGCAAGGGAUCAAAGCAACACUGAGAUUUAUGUGGGCGUGUUGUCAGCUGGCAUUGGCAUCUACAAGAACAGGGUACGAAUCAACUAUUUUCCAUGGUUGAAGAUUGUGAAAAUAUCUUUUAAGUGCAAACAGUUUUUCAUCCAGCUAAGAAAAGAGUCGCAUGAGUCAAGAGAUACAUUACUCGGUUUCAACAUGGUAAACUACAGGGCCUGUAAGAACCUCUGGAAGACAUGUGUUGAACACCACACCUUCUUUCGGCUGGAUCGGCCUGUUCCUGCACAGAAGAACUUUUUUGCGCACUACUUCAGUUUGGGCUCCAGGUUUCGUUACUGCGGGAGGACGGAAGCACAAUCUGUUCAGUAUGGCAAGGAGAAGGGAAUCAAGGACAGAGUGUUUGCAAGAUCUCCCAGCAAGCCUCUGGCCAGAAAGCUGAUGGGUGUGACAGACUGGGAAGCAGUGAGCAGGAACUCACUGUCUGAAGAGAGGCUAGAGACCCGCAGCCUGCCCACUCGCUCCCCUCCUGGGACACCCAACCACAACUCCUUGUUUGUUCAAGAGGGUCCCCGGCUGCGGCCCUCUUCAAUGGGUCACCUGGUGGACCAUGUCAUCCAUGCCUCCCCCAGCCUUCCGGUUUUCUCCAAUCACAAAUCAGCUUCCUCUACACAAGCUAACAGCAUCAGCCUAGAAUCUACACCGUCUCCAGAAGGUGUUGAAGGCCCACCACCCGCCCUCCCACCCAAGCAGUCCCGGAAGAACCUGAGCCAGCUCAUAUUGUCCCAUUCCCAACAGGACUUGGACAACCACAUCAACGAAAUGUACGAUGUCCCCACAGCAACCGACAAGGCCAUGCCCAAUGGAGUCGUUCCUCAUGACAAUCUUGUCCUGAUCAAGAUGAAGCCGGAUGAGAAUGGGAGAUUUGGGUUUAAUGUGAAGGGUGGAUCUGAUCAGAAGAUGCCCAUAAUUGUGUCUCGAGUAGCGCCUGGAACAUCGGCUGAUUUGUGUGUCCCCCGACUAAACGAGGGCGAUCAGGUUGUGCUGAUCAACGGUCGGGAAAUUGCAGAGCAUUCACAUGAUCAGGUGGUCAUGUUCAUCAAGGCCAGCUGUGAAAGCCACUCGGGGGAGCUCAUUCUGCUGGUGCGGCCCAACGCAAUCUAUGAUGUUGUUGAGGAGAAGCUGGAGACAGAGCCGGAUUUCCAGUAUAUCCCUGAAAAAUCUCCUACAGACCCAUCUCACCUGGACCAGGACGCCUGGAGAGACUCAAUGCUGCAUUUAAAGGAGGGUCUCAACAGUGGUACUAUACUGGCCCAGUUUGAUCAAUUGUAUCGGAAAAGGCCUGGAAUGACAAUGUCAUGUGCCAAAUUACCUCAGAAUAUUUCCAAAAACCGCUACAGAGACAUCUCACCUUAUGAUGCAACUCGAGUCAUCCUGAAAGGCACAGAAGACUACAUCAAUGCAAAUUACAUCAACAUGGAAAUCCCUGCCUGCAGUCUUAUAAACCGCUAUAUCGCCUGCCAGGGGCCUCUGCCCAACACGUGCUCUGAUUUCUGGCAGAUGACGUGGGAGCAGGGCUCUUCUAUGGUAGUCAUGCUUACUACUCAGGUUGAGCGUGGACGUGUCAAGUGCCAUCAGUACUGGCCGAACCCCUCAGGUAGCGCUACAUACGGCGGAUUUCAUAUUUCCUGCCAGUCUGAAGAAGGAAACUCUGCUUUCUUGGUUAGAGAUAUUACACUUACUCACAUUGAGAGUGGAGAGAGCAGAGAACUGACCCAGAUCCAGUAUCUGGCAUGGCCUGACCACGGUGUACCAGAUGAUUCAACAGACUUCCUGGAUUUCGUGGCUCUGGUCCGGAAUAAACGAGCAGGGAAGGAUGAGCCUGUGGUGGUCCACUGCAGUGCUGGGAUUGGCCGGACCGGAGUUCUCAUCACAAUGGAGACAGCCAUGUGUCUGAUGGAGUGCAGUCAGCCGGUGUUUCCGUUAGACAUAGUGAGAACCAUGCGGGAUCAGAGGGCCAUGAUGAUUCAGACGCCUAGCCAGUUCAAGUUUGUGUGCGAGGCCAUACUGAAAGUUUACGAGGAGGGCCUGGUCAAACCGCUCAAGUCCAUUCUGUACGAAUCCAACUAAACCCCUGCCAGCUCUCCCCUCCAAAAUCAUGCUGAAAUUCACUGACAGGAUCUUGUCCUCCUCCGUGACGGAGCGAUGGACAAGAGACUGGAGCCAGGAAUACAGGACAUAAACCAAGCACUGUUGCACUUUACGCCGGCAAAGGGACUUAAUGCCAGGCUUCAAUGAGAGGAGGAAGAAUGGACAGAACAAAAUGGUGAAAUAGGUACUUGUCGGGACUGGAGUGUUCAGGGUUUUGACAAAUAUACAUGUUAAUAAAAAUUAAAUAUAGUAGAGAUUACUGGUGCCAUAUGUAAGUGUGUAAGGGCAGGCCCGUGAAUGAAUGAGUGUUUUUAUAUGUGGUCACCUAUUAUUUGAGACGAACACCACCCAUGAAAUAAUUCACACCCCGGCCUGUGCUUCAGAUGAACGUUUGUGUUUUUUUAUUAAGAGUAUUUAUUUAGUUUUAAUUUUUGAGUCCUGCUUGUUCAGCGUAACUACUUACCCAUCAAACUGGUAUUUCUCAUGAUGAUUUUGUUUGGGUUGUUUUCUUCUUUCAACCGUUUUAUUUAUUUUGCUGUCGAACUUCAGUGCUGGCAACAGAGACUGAAGCACUUUGUAUAACAGAUUCAAUGCAAAAUAUCACUUCAGUCUCUCUUACAGGAUUCAACUAAAAAUGAAAGUAUUGUGAUUUAGUUACUCAUCUGUAUGUCUUUCCAAACCCAUAUGAUGUUUUUUGUCAAUUGAAUAUAAAAGGAGAUGUUUUGAAAAAUGUUCAUUCUGCUCAUUUGCAUAAAAUGAAAGCCUGCAACUUAAUAGCAACAUAACUUACAACACUUUUCUGAAGCCAAACAAUAGCUUUGAGCGAGAAAACGACUGACAUUGAAUUUUAAUUACAGGAAAUAUUCCUCCCAGGUACACAUUUGCUUAUAAAAUGUAAGAAACUGUGUGAAAAUACAAAUUCAAAGCCACAAACUCAACAGAAAAUUGAAAUAUGCAAUAUAAUUGUUUUAAAAACAGAUAUUGGAUCAGUCCGGAUGCAGACAUUCUCUUGAAAUUAACUCUGUGAGCAUUUAAAAUGAGUUCGAGGGUGUUAACGUCCUCUGUAGGUGAUGUAAUGUUUAUAUGUUGCGAAUUAGAACUGCUCCUUGUGUUGUUUUAUAUGAAUGUUACACACCUCAGUGUGUCAAAUGCAGCAGUAGUGUGUUGGAGUUCAUGGUUGACCUGUUUAUUUCUCACAGCAGAUUGCGCAUUGCAGAAUAUCCCCCCAACAUUAGCACACAGAGAGUGUGUGUCCAGUAUGUGUUAUUACUGUAUGUUUCUGCUGUCUGUCUGAGUGUGCGUGUGUGUGUGUGUGUGUGUGUGUGUGUGUGUGUGUGUGUGUGUGUGUGUGUUUUAAAUAAUGGCCUGGUUUAACACAUCUGGUUCAUUCAUCUGAUUUUAUUUCGUUUAUUUAAUUGAGCCCUAGUUUUUCGACCACAUGAUUAGAAGCCAUUGAAUCCAGCAUUUGCAUUUAUUUUGACAAAAUAACAUUGGUUUCUCGUGAUAAGACGUUGCUGUUUGAAGACAUUUUAAUCAUUACGCUCUGGAAUGAAAUGUGUGAUGCAUUGUCCGGUUGAACAGGUUAUCUCUUGUUAAAUGCAGAGCUGAAUUUGUCCGUACCUGUAGUGUUUCUGAGGUACUAUCUACUUUUACAGUCAAUCAUUUGUCAUUUUUGUUGUGAUCACACUAGCUGGAGAACCUUGGUUUUAGGACCAAAUAAUGUGUUUCUAUGCUCAACGUGUUAUAAGUUACACCAAAAGACAUUCAAAACAGGAUUACAACAUGCAAUUUGGGAGAAAAUACAGGCCUCCUGCCUUGUGUGAAAGACGGCACUUUUUCAACAAAAGAUGUACAAUUGUAGACUGGUGUUAACGUUUUAUUUGCUGAAAAUAACAGGAAGGUCAAGUUUGUGCCACUUGUCCAUUUUUAUGAAAAUAUUAUAGUGUACAUACAAGGUUGUAUAUUAAAAAGAAACUCUUUAAAAUAAAAAUAAGUUGUGUGA